AUGGAGUUCACUCCUGGUGGUGCGUCUCGAACACCACAAACCGUCAUCGACUUGAAUGGAGCUUCUACCCUGAAUGAUUUCGGUUUUUAUGAUUCCGGCAAUUAUGAUAUGAAUGCUGCGAUGACCCACUCGAAUAUCUCAGUUUUUGGUGUAACUCCUUUAUUUUUGUUCCAUUGGACUUUUCAAUUUUAUCCACCAAGUAAAAUUCCCCGACUUGGAAAUUCUUACGCUCCACUUGCGGUUCCUCAUUCCGAUUUCUUUAAUGGGUGA